AUGGAAAGCUGGGAAGAGUCACAAGAAUCCAUCAAAGCUGAUGUGAGCGAGUUGAAAGACCAGGUUGGCCAAAUCUUGGCUGCCCUUGAAUCCCUGAAGACUACUAGGGAGUCUUCAUCUGCACGAGUUGAGGGGGAUGCCCACUAUUAUCCCCCGAUGUUCAACGCUGUAAGCCAAUCAGUCCCUUUCCCGAUAUAUGGCUUACCUCCAGGUUAUACUCCUCCUACAGGAGAGUACGCAGAAGUAGAGCAAACUUCAGUCUCCCUUCCCCCAACGGCUAAUGUAGUACUGACCGGCACUCAAGGGCCUGUUUCAGUGACGGCUCCCAUGGCGAGUAUAGGGAUGACUGGGGCAAACACGGUUGAAGGAACGCGAGUAAUUGUACCACCCCAUAUGGGUACUGGAGAGGGCUCUUCAGCCAAAGUCAUACCACACACUGUGUUGCAGGGGGUAGUUAGCAGUGCUGAUGGGGCCAAGAGUAGAUUAGAGAUUCUAGAGGAGAGAUUGAGGGCCAUUGAAGGGGUCGAGAGCUAUGGAUUUGGAGAUGUUGCGAGACUGAGCUUGGUUCCCGGGGUGAUGAUACCACACAAAUUUAAAGCACCGGAGUUCGAGAAAUACAAGGGUAAUACCUGCCCGAAAAGCCAUCUGACCAUGUACUGUAGAAAGAUGGUUGCGUACGCUUACGAUGAUAAGCUACUCAUCCAUUUUUUUCAAGACAGUUUGGCUGGGGUAGCAUUGAACUGGUACACCCACCUUGAGCCGUCCCGAAUCCGUUGCUGGGCAGACCUGGCAGACGCCUUUGUAAAGCAGUAUAUAUACAACACGCACAUCGCACCGGACCGACUGCAGUUGCAAAAUAUGUCAAAGAGGGACAACGAAACUUUCAAGGGAUAUGCCCAACGGUGGAGAGAGUUAGCUGCACAAGUUGAACCACCUUUGUAUGACAGGGAGGUGGUGGCAAUGUUUGUGAACACUCUCCAACCGCCAUUUUACGAGCACAUGGUCGGGAACGUGUCUGCCAAUUUCGCUGAUAUCAUUAUAAUAGGCGAAAGGAUAGAAAUUGGGGUUAAAAGUGGGAAAAUUGCAUACAGUUCGCCCGCAACGGCAAAUUACAAAAAACCCAAUUUCAAUACGGGAAAGAAGAAGGAAGGGGAUGUGCAUGCGGUAUCGGCAAUGCCUGUGUGGAGAAGUCAAGCUCCCACUCAUAGCUUCCGACCAUACUUGGGUCAACCUCCUUAUGCAGCUAAUGCGGCGUCAAGGCACUUACCCGAGGAAAACCCAGGAAAGAAACUUUGUUCACUUCACCCCAUUCCUAUGACUUACACUGAGUUAUUACCUCACCUCGUCAAAAAGGGCCUGGUUGCUAUAUGUCCGAUGAUGCCUAUGCAGCCUCCAUACCCUAGGGGUUAUGAUGCCGAAGCCAAGUGUAGUUAUCAUGGGGAAGGCGUGGGUCACUCAACUGAGAGGUGUAUGUCCUUCAAACAUAAAGUGCAAGCUCUAAUCGACGCGGGGUGGCUGAAAUUUCAAGAAGAUAAACCUAGUAUUGAUGCUAAUCCAUUAUCCGGGCAUGGUAGUGCCUCAACAAAUGCCAUUGAGGUUAAGAAGCAUGAACUUAUAAGGGAUGCAAGUAAGAUUCGGAGUUCCAGAAGGUUUAUUUUCAAGGAAUUAUUGAAGUUGGGCUUUUUAAACUGGGAUUAUGAUUUAGGAAGAGCAUGUGGACUCCAUCCAUGCGCGGAACACUCUAUCGAUGAAUGUGUUGAAUUUGAAGAGUUGCUGCAAGAUCUGCUUGAUAGGAAUUUGAUACAAGUGUGUUACGAGAACAAGGAUGAGGAGGUGUUUGCACAAACUAGUAUGGAGUCUGAUGUAACUCUGCCAGAGCCGUUGGUAAUCCGUUUCACUCGAACCACCCCUGCACCAGUAAUUCAAGGAAGAUCGUCCGUUGUCAUCCAUACACCAGUUCCUUUUCCUUACAAGAGCGGGAAAGUUGUCCCGUGGAGGUAUGGAACACAUAUAAUCGACGAAGGACAGUGCAUUGAAAGUCAAUUCUCCAGUCAGGAUCCAGCUAUUGAGAAUAUAUCAGGCAUCGGCGGAAUAACAAGGAGUGGUCGAAUCUUCACGCCACCAAACUUGAUGGGAAAAGGAACUAGCAAUAAUGAAACACCAGUGGCAGCAAAUGCUAAGGAGCACUUAAAGGGGAAAGAGGUGCAGAUAGAGGAGACCCCUGACAAGGAAGACAAGAAAGAAAUCUCUGAGGAAGAGGCUUGCGAGUUUUUGAAAUUCAUACAACAAAGUGAGUACAAAGUGGUGGAACAAUUGAAUCGUACGCCAGCUCGAAUCUCCUUAUUAGAAUUGCUCAUGCACUCAACCUCCCAUAGAAAACUGUUGAUGAAGAUACUGAGCGAUGCCCAUGUAGAACAAGGUAUUUCCCUAAAAAGUUUCGAGGGCAUUGUCAGCAACAUCACUGCUAAUAAUUACCUCACCUUUACUGAUGAGGAAAUACCUGAGGAGGGGAGAGGGCAUAACAAGGCUCUCCAUGUCUCCGUAAAAUGUUUUGACUACGGCAUAGCACGUGUGUUGAUAGACAACGGCUCCUCCCUAAAUGUCAUGCCCAAAAUGACAUUAGAGAGGCUACCUUGUGACGGAAUGCAGAUGAAGCCAAGUUCUAUGAUUGUGAGAGCAUUUGACGGUAGCAAGAGGGAAGUCAUGGGAGAAAUAGAGUUGCCGGUCCAAAUUGGCCCAUGUGUUUUUCAAAUAACCUUCCAGGUCAUGGAUAUCCUCCCAGCUUAUAGUUGUCUAUUGGGUCGCCCAUGGAUCCAUUCUGCAGGAGUUGUGCCUUCCACACUGCACCAAAAACUGAAAUAUAUCAUGGGAGAUAAGCUGGUAAUAGUUUCUGGAGAGGAGGAUCUCCUUGUGAGUGGGCCAUCCUCCACCCGUUACAUAGAGGCAGCCGAGGAAGCUCUCGAGACAGCUUUUCAAUCAUUAGAGAUCGUGGGAAACACCUAUGUCGAACCAUUUCUUGUGAAUCCACAUUUAUCAGGCACCUCUAUCAUGAUGGCAAAGGUCAUGCUGAAAGAAGGUUAUAAGUACGGGAACGGGUUAGGGAAGUAUGGACAAGGACGUACAUUCCCAUUGGAGGUGAUUGAGAACAAAAACAGAUAUGGCCUGGGGUACAAGCCCAGUAAGGGGGAUAAGAAGAGGUUGAUUGAGGAAAGGAAGGAGCGCAGUUUGGCUCGGAUGGAGAAACGGGAACCAAGGACGAGGACGAUCCACAUUUGUAGUAUCAAAGAGAGUUUUCGCAGUGCUGGAUGGGUGAACACUAGCCAUAUAGCGGUUGUGGAAGAGGAAGCUAGAUCUGAAAGCUCAAACUUCAUGUGGGUUUGCUCCCCAGAUGCACAACUCAACAAUUGGAAGACUUUGGAUUUACCCAUGAUGUUUAAUUCAAAUGAAAUAUAUGACAAUGAAUGUUUUGAAAAUAAUAAUGUUGAUAUCCCUAAGUGGGAGCACCCUGUCAAUAAUACGGAAGAUGAUUGUGAAGAUGAUCCGGAACCCUCUCCAGAGCUAUUGAGAUUAGUGGAACAAGAGUCUAAAGAGAUAAAACCCCAUCAGGAAGAGAUUGAAAUUCUCAACUUGGGUGAGGAAGACGAGAUAAAAGAAGUAAAGAUCGGCACUACCAUGAAAGAGGAAGUGAGAGAAAGGUUGCGAGUCCUAUUGAAGGAAUUUAAGGACGUUUUCGCUUGGUCGUACAACGAUAUGCCCGGUUUGGAUACCGAUAUUGUGCAGCAUAAACUCCCUCUUAAACCAGAAUGCCUCCCGGUCAAACAGAAACUAAGAAGAAUGAAACCGGAGAUGUCCUUGAAAAUCAAGGAAGAGGUAGAGAAACAAUUUGAUGCAGGAUUUUUGGCUGUGGCAAAAUACCCGCAAUGGGUGGCGAACGUAGUACCAGUACCCAAGAAAGAUGGUAAAGUUCGGAUGUGCGUUGAUUACCGUGAUUUGAAUCGUGCAAGUCCAAAAGACAAUUUCCCACUACCGCACAUCGACACUCUAGUUGAUAAUACAGCCAAGUUUUCACUAUUUUCGUUCAUGGAUGGUUUCUCGGGAUAUAAUCAGAUCAAGAUGGCACCUGAAGACAUGGAAAAGACUACCUUUAUCACAUUAUGGGGAACAUUUUGUUAUAAGGUGAUGUCUUUUGGGCUCAAGAAUGCUGGGGCAACAUAUCAAAGGGCGAUGGUGACACUUUUUCAUGAUAUGAUGCACAAAGAGAUCGAAGUGUAUGUGGAUGACAUGAUUGCUAAGUCUGAAUCAGAAGAAAAGCAUAUUCUCAACUUAAGGAAAUUAUUUGAAAGACUGAGAAAGUUUAAACUCAGGUUAAACCCCGCUAAAUGCACGUUCGGAGUAAAAUCUGGAAAAUUGCUAGGUUUUAUUGUUAGCCAAAGGGGGAUAGAAGUGGAUCCUGACAAGGUACGAGCAAUAGUAGAGAUGCCUGCCCCUAGGACAGAAAAAGAGGUUCGAGGCUUUCUAGGUAGAUUAAACUACAUCGCUAGAUUCAUCUCGCAAUUAACCGCCACCUGUGAACCGAUAUUCAAGUUAUUGCGUAAGAAUCAGGCUUUGGUUUGGAAUGAAGAUUGUCAGGCCGCUUUUGAAAAGAUUAAACAAUAUCUACAGGACCCUCCGGUGUUGCGUCCACCUGAGCCAGGAAGACCGCUCCUUUUGUAUUUGACUGUGUUGGAUGAGUCAAUGGGUUGUGUAUUAGGUCAGCACGAAGAAGAUGGGAAAAUAGAGCAUGCUAUAUAUUAUUUGAGCAAGAAGUUCACAGACUGCGAAAAGCGAUAUUCGUCGUUAGAGCGAACUUGUUGCGCAUUGGCAUGGGCUGCUCAUCGUUUAAGGCAGUAUAUGUUAAGUCACUCUACCUGGUUGAUAUCUAAGAUGGAUCCCAUCAAGUAUAUUUUUGAAAAGCCCGCUCUUACUGGAAGAAUAGCUCGGUGGCAGGUGCUAUUGUCAGAAUAUGACAUCGUAUACGUCACUCAAAAAUCUGUCAAGGGCAGUGCAUUAGCAGAAUACCUGGCUCAUCAACCCAUCAGUGAUUAUCAGCCAAUGCAACCCGAAUUUCUCGAUGAAGAUAUCAUGGCUCUAUUCGAAGAAAACGGAAAAAUUCGAGGCGAAGAAACGUGGAUAUUAUUAUUUGACGGAGCCUCGAAUGUGAUGGGGCAUGGCAUAGGGGCAGUUCUUAUCUCUCCAGAGCGGCAGUACACGCCAAUGACAGCGAGGUUGUGUUUUAAUUGCACAAAUAACAUUGCAGAAUAUGAGGCUUGCGCUAUGGGUAUUCGAGCGGCAAUAGAGUCCAAAGUGAAAAUUCUGGACGUAUAUGGGGAUUCAGCUUUAGUCAUCCACCAAUUAAAGGGAGAAUGGGAAACUAGGGAUGCAAAAUUAAUCCCUUACCAAGCAUACAUCAAGGGAUUAAUGAUGUAUUUUGACGUCAUCACAUUUAACCACCUACCGCGGGAAGAUAACCAAUUAGCAGACGCGUUGGCUACUUUGUCAUCCAUGUUUGAAGUUGACCAAGAUGCAGAGUUACCAAUGAUUGAAAUGAACAGCCAUGCGGAGCCAGCAUAUUGUCACCUUAUCGAGGAAGAGGUAGAUGGUAAACCCUGGUAUUUUGAUAUCAAGCACUUUCUCAAGACCCGAAAAUAUCCCGAGAAGGCAUCUGAAAAUGAUAAAAGGUCGUUAAGGAGGUUGGCUGGCAGCUUUAUCUUGAAUGAGGAUAUUUUAUACAAGAGAAAUCAUGACAUGGUUCUCCUCAGAUGUGUGGAUGCAAAGGAAGCCGAGCUGAUAUUGAAAGAAGUGCACGAAGGUACAUUUGGCACCCACAUGAAUGGGCACUCAAUGGCCAGGAAGAUCUUGAGAGCUGGUUACUUCUGGUUGACCAUGGAAAAUGAUUGUUGUACACACGUGAGAAAGUGCGAGAAAUGUCAGAUGUUUGAAGACAAUAUCAAUGUACCGCCCACGACCUUGAACGUAUUAUCUGCACCAUGGCCAUUUUCGAUGUGGGGGAUAGAUGUUAUUGGGGCUAUAGAGCCAAAAGCUUCAAAUGGACACCGCUUCAUACUAGUCGCAAUUGAUUAUUUCACCAAGUGGGUCGAAGCCGUUUCUUAUGCCAAUGUGACUAGAAAGGUGGUGACCAAAUUCAUAAAAAGGGAGUUGAUCUGUAGAUACGGGCUACCUAACAAGAUUAUCACUGAUAAUGCCACCAACCUGAACAACCGGAUGAUGACGGAGUUAUGUGAGGAGUUCAAAAUUCAUCAUCUUAAUUCUUCUCCUUACCGUCCAAAAAAGAAUGGGGCAGUAGAGGCUGCUAAUAAGAAUAUCAAGAAGAUUGUACAAAAGAUGGUGGUCACCUAUAAAGAUUGA